CACAUUACGCAGGCCAGAACACGACAACCUGUCUUAUCACCCACUCGGCAAUAUACAAACUCCCAACCCUCAAUCCCAAUUCCUUCAUUCUGUCCACGAUGCCAGCUCCUCCGGGCUUCCGCAGAGUCAACGGACUUCCUCUGGGGAAGCACUUUACGGACGAGACCAUUUACUACGUCUUCGGUUACAGACCCACGGCAGACGACGUCUUCAUCGUAACCUACCCAAAAUGCGGCACGACCUGGAUGCAGCACAUCGUUUAUUACAUCUACAGCGACGGCGAACCUCGUCGGAGUCGCGAAGACUUCUCGGCGAGGACUCCCUUCUUCGAGGUGCUCGGAGCCGAAGCCAUAGCCAACUUAAUCCGACCGGCAGCCAUCAAGACUCAUCUGCCGUUCGAAUACCAGCCGUACUCGGAGCAAGCUAAGUACAUCUACGUGGCCAGAAACCCUUUCGACUGUUGCGUGUCGUUCUACAACCAUUACAAAGUAUUUCCAGAGUAUGACUUUGCGGAUGGAACGUUCGAUAAAUUCUUCGAGAUGUUUCUGGAAGGGAACGUCGAUUUUGGGGACUACUUUCACCACUUGCUCUCUUGGUACCCGCAUAAGAAUGAUUCAAACGUCCUGUUCUUAACCUACGAGGACCUAAAGAAGGAUGUUAGGGCCGGGGUACUGAAGGUCGCCGAGUUCUUGGGACCGAAGUACGGCAACAAGGUACGUCGUAGUAAUGGCAUUAUCCUUGACAAGAUCGUGCAGCUGACUGACUUUGAGUCAAUGAAGAAGGUUGUUAACCACGAAAUCAAAGAAGUGCGUUCGCUGCACAGUGAGAAGCCGAUCGAGGAUCUUCCGCGUUUCGCGCAGCUGAUGAGACAGGCGUGCGGUGAUGUGGUGAAGAAGCCGGUGACGAGAGAUUUUGUUCGGAAGGGGCAGGUCGGUGAUUGGAGGAAUUACUUUACUGACGAACAAAUCAGUAGGCUUCGGGAGAAGAUUAAAUUGGAGACGGCAGGAAGUGACGUCAUGAACCUUUGGAAGGAUCUGGACUUCAUAGGACCUGUUUCGUGAUGCGAUGGCAUGGAAUAUUCGCAACAUCUCGAUCGAUUUUUUUUUUCGCUUUGAGAUUAUUGAUUUCUCGUUGCGUGAAUGAUGUUUGAAGUGCGCAGUCUGUCACUAGGUUGGAUUGGAGUUUGAGUUUGAUUAUAGAAAAAAAAAAGAAAAACGUGGGUUGGAUUGGACUAUCAAUGUCUGCCGUUUCAACGUGAGAGUAUGCUGCAGUCGGUCAUAUCUGCCUCACAACCUAAAACCACAAAUUGUUUAAUAAUUCGGGGUUUUAUGUCGCGAAACAACUGUAAUCAAGAAAUUCAUCAUCAUCAUCAUUAUCAUGAAUAUAGUAAUAAUAAUAAUAAAUCAUCAAAAAAUCAUUACUAUUAUCGAUCGCUGUAAUAUAAUCGUAAUAACAUCUCCAAUACGUCACAAGGCAAUGAGACAGGGGUCAUUCUCGAUAACGGACAACAGUUCUACAUCAUUAUUCUUUGUGUUUUCUUGUGUGUAUUUUUCGGAUGUACCAAUUGCCUUGUAUUGCAAAUCGAAUAUAUCGAAUACACACAAAUAUCGAACACAAUGUUUUCCCAGGUCGAUGUCAAGAAUCUGUGACUCCUACCCAGGCCUAGCUAAACUUUACAUUCCAAUGUGAAGCGGGUGUAUUGUCAAGAAAUUUACAUGACACAGUUUCGGCUGGGGAUCGGGGAAUGUCGAAACUGAUUCAAGUACAGUCAACACAAGUGAUAAAAAUGCGGUCCACUGCAUGAAGGCUUGUAUCAUAAUAAACACAGUAGUUGCAAUAUCUUA